GCCCAAAGCACCGUGGGCUUUCGCACCAAACAUCGCCAAGAAACGAUUACCUUUUAGAAUUGAACAGUUAUCCUAGAUAUUCCACCUAAACGAGGCCUCCUUGUAAUCUAGGACACCUAUAUUGCUGUCAGCUCGAACUGCGUGCCCUAUCGCGGGCCGUUUUCAACAUUCGCACUGAAAUUCUCUCAGCCGAGUCUCUCAGCCUUGUCACGACGCAAAUAUCAUACCAGCUACCUUGCAGGAGCAGAUAGAACUUUCUCUGUAGAGAAGGAAUAAGCGUCGGGGGAUUUGUAGAGGGGCUAUUUGCGUGAGCAGCGUGAAAAAUGAACAACGAUACCAGGGCGUCCAAGAUCUAUGAUUUUGUCGCACACAAUGCGAACGGAACAUGCUUGCGAAUAGGACCAAAGUCGGGGCGGGUGAUGGUUACGGGCGGAGAGGAUCGAAAAGUGAACUUGUGGGCUAUUGGGAAAACAGCACCGAUAUUGAGUCUUAGCGGGCACGCAAGUGCAAUAGAAUGUGUUACAUUAGAUUGGCCAGAGGAGAUCGUGGUAGCAGGGUCAUCUUCUGGAACGAUCAAGCUCUGGGACCUGGAACACGCAAAAGUAAUACGAACUUUAGCUGGCCACAAGUCUGCAGCCCGAUGCGUUGAAUUUCACCCCUUUGGCGAGUUCUUUGCUUCCGGCUCUUCUGAUUCAUCGGUUAAGAUAUGGGACGUUCGGCGGAAGGGAUGUAUUCAGACAUACCACGGUCAUCAAAACGCAGUCAAUAUUCUUCGUAUAACACCUGAUGGGCGAUGGAUUGCAACAGGAGGCAGUGAUGCAACAGUAAAGAUAUGGGACAUGACCGCCGGGAAACUUUUACAUUCAUAUUCCGAUCAUACAGGCGCUAUAACAGCACUUGCUUUUAACCCUUCCGAAUUUUUAAUGGUAUCAGCAGGCGCCGAUAAUGUCUUGAGGUUUUACGAUCUUCAAACAUUUGAGUGUAUAUCCGCCACCCCCGCAAGCACCGGCCGGCCGCAAGCAUUGCAAUUUGAUCCGGAAGGACAUGAAGUGUAUGCUGCAUAUACUGAUUCUCUGCAAAUAUGGACAUGGGAACCCGCUGUAUGCCACGACGUUAUCUCGGUUAGCUGGCCCAACAUUGCGGACAUGAGAAUUCUCUUGGAGGAGGGGAAGGUGCUAGGUGGUGCUCUGGAUCAAAAUUUCGUGAGCGUGUGGGGGGUGGAUAUAACGCCGCAUCUAAGCCCAACGGACCGACGACCGCCGGACUUGGCUGCACCCGCAGGGUUCACACAAGGUCCUGAGAGUCCGUAUGGUGGAGCAAAUCGUAGUAACAUCGACAGCGCGGAGCUCGAUCUUGGCCGACUGUACAUUAGCGAGGAUCAGAGUGCUCCAAUAGAAUCAUCACUACGAGGGUCUCAAACAACAAUUCAGGAUGACAUUGUCUCAAAAAUUGCGGCACAACGACAGGAGUUUGCGGAGCGACACCAUACCCCGCCCCCAUCCCAACAGCCAAACAAUGCUGGUACCCAGCGUACACCACCGUAUGGUAUUCCUAAAUCGAUGUCAUCACCCUACAUGAAACCAGAACCAAGUGACACGCCACCGUACGGACGGUCCAUGUCUACUUCGCUGGACCGACUGAAUUUCCCAGAAGAUGCUGGAUAUAGGCCAGCGACAGCUCCGGGAUUCUCUCGAAGUGCUGACGAACAAUUUGCUCAACAACUUCACACACACGCCUCACGCGGCCCAAACUCCUUUGUGCCGUCUGGGAAUGGCCAGAGAUUACUCAAUUUGGAUGUGGCAAAAUUCUUACAGAAUGCUCAACGACGCGCCCAACCUCUUCCUCUCUCCCCAUCUUCUCCUGGAGCUCCUCCACCGACAUCCGAUAACGACAUUAUAGAUUCCCUGAUGUUCCGGCACGCUUCCAUCACUUCCAUUCUCAACUCCCGCUUAACCAGUAUUCGGUGCAUCCGACAAACGUGGGACGAAACCAACAUCCGACAGGCCAUAGAAACAAUGAUCGAACUCAAAGAUUCGAGCGUAUGCAUCGAUUUAUUGAGAAUCAUCAAUUUAAAACCGAAAUUGUUGACGCUGGACGUUGCGAUUUUGCUUCUUCCCGUGUUGAACGAGUUGCUGUUUGAGAUGUAUGAAGAUUUUAUCGUCACGGCCUGCGCAACGAUACGACUUCUUGUGAAGAGCUUCUCUCAUGUUAUCAUAUCAACCAUGAAUGCAGAUAAUCUGUCCUCUCCAGGUGUCGAUAUCAGCAGAGAAGAUCGAAUUCAACGAUGCAGAGCAUGUCGUCAUGGGUUCAUCGAGAUAUCUACAACCUUGGAGGAACUAAAGCGAUCAGGUGGACAAGUUGGAGGGGCCGUACGGGAAACACUAAAGGAUUUGGCCGUCUUUGCUUCGUGAUAGAGUUUGAUACCAUGAUGUAAUGAUCAAAUGCUGAAGAUUGCUCUGAAGAUGCCAAUGAGAGUUUGUGCGAUUGCC